AUGGCGCACGCUCUCGCCCGUUCCGCCGCGCAGCGCCUCCGCCUGUCGGUCGCGCCUCCGCUUCCCGCAGGCAUUCGCCUGCAGACCAGGGGCUUUGCCGCAGAUCAUCAUGGCCCCAAGAGGGUGAACAUCUGGGAAGAUCCACUCAACCCGGGGAGAUGGAAGGAGGAGCACGUACGAGGUUGGGGCCUUGUCUUCUAUGGUGCUUACCGGGCUUUUUCGGGGGGGAAGAAGGCCGAGCCUGCUCAGGAGGCGGCACCAGCAGCAACUGAAGCAGCUGCUGUAAGUAAUGGAAACACAUGA